UGCGCAGCCCUGCAAACAAACUUCAGACAGACGCGACAGAAGCGACCUCAGCUCGGAGACUCGCGCAGGGCUGAAUAGGGGCAGGAGCAUUGUGGAAAACUGUUACUAGCGCGUGGAACGCUUUGAAAAGGCAUGGACGAUUUAGACGCCCUCCUGGCGGACCUUGAGUCCUCUACUGCCCACAUCUCCAAGUUUCCCGCCUUCCUGCAGGAAGAGACGCCCUACUCCUUCCCCAGUGGCGGGCGGAGCCUCAGGGAUGACCCCACGCCCCCGCCGGUGCCCCCUCCUCCCUCUGCUGAGGCGCUGAACGGAACGGUGCUCUGCCCCCCCGACUCCACCUGCUCCCCCGACUCCCUCUGCCCCACCGACUCCCUCUACUCCUCCCAGCAGUCUCUGGGCUCGAUCCAGAAGAGCAGCACAUGGUCUCAGGGCAGCACUAGCCCUCCCCCGUCCCAUAUAGAAGAGGACCACAUCUACAGUUUCCCCAAUAAGCAGAAGUCGUCUGAUUCCUCCGCUGCAGCGAUGACCACGGCUCUGGGCAGUAACCUGUCCGAGCUGGACCGCCUGCUUCUGGAGCUCAACGCUGUACAGAACACACCUGGGUUUCCCACUGAUGAUGAAGAGGCGCCCCCCCUGCCUGAGUGUACACUCUACUCCUAUGAACAGGACAAUGGGGGGACCCCAGGGAUCACCCUAACCCCUGCUGGUCUGGACCCCCCCCUGCAGAACGGCUUCGGAGGCGUACAGAGGGGCAGUAGCCUGGGCAAGCUGGAGUGUGUUGUGCCCUCUCCAGUACCCAGCCCUAUAGCCCUCCACAGUGAGUUGAUGGACAGCCAGUUGGACACACCCUCUCAGCAGCAGGCCAGAAUCUCUGCCACCUCAGCGACUCGAGAGCUAGACGAGCUCAUGGCCUGCCUGUCUGACUUUAAGCCCGCCUCUCAGGGCUCCCCCUCCUCAGAGCUGCACUUCGAUCAGAAACCCUUUAGUCCUCCAGCUAUCCCAUCAGCCCCUGCGGUCUACAGCCUCCCCCCACACCUCUCCUGUGACUCCCCCCUCCCCUCCUCGUCGGGGGGCGUAACCCUGGAGCUGCACAUAGAGGAGGACGGGGUGGACCCCUCCCUCCAGCCCCAGGCCGGCGCCCCUCUCCUGAAGCCCAGCUCAGAGCUCUCCCUGUCGGCCGCGGCCUCCUCCCUCAGCCCCCCGAGCUCCGGCUCCUCCUCCACCUCCCCCUCCAGCUCUCGUCUCACCCCAGACACCAUCAUCGACGUGUCGGCCUCCAUGCUCAGCUCACGCACCACCGACACGCUCGUGGUGCUCUCCCAGACGGCCCACAGCCCCCCCAAAACCAGCACCCCCUCCCCGGCCUCCUCCAGUCCCCAGCUGAAACUUGAACCCCUCGGCUUUCUCUCCACCCCUUCCUCCAGCCCCGCCACUAAGUCCCCCAGUCCCGUUCCCUCCCUGAAGAGGCCCUCACCCUCCCCAGAGCGAAGGAGCCCGCUGGUCCUCCCCGCGGUCAACGGCCUCUCCUCUUUCCCUCACAUUGACUCCCCUCUCUCCACCUCCUCCAAAAGCCUCACCCCUCCCUUCUCAAAGUCUCCCGCUCCCGCACCCCCCUCUGCAGCUCCCGUCAGUGAGUCUCCUGUCCCCCCCCCCCUCUCUGUCCCUCAGGCUUUCUCUUUCUCUUCACUCCCCUCCUCUAAAGCUCCCUAUAAAAGCUACAACCCUCCAGAGGAGUCCCCUAAAGCGACCGCCCAACCCCAGCCACCUGCAGCCUUGGUGGGGGCCGGGGAGACCCAGGCCUCCCUGGACGAGGCCCUGGACAAGCUGCUGUCUAUGAGUUUCACCCCCAAACCGGAGAGCGAGGCUCUGCUGUCGUUCGCGCAAGCAUCGGCGCUGAGCGCGGAACCUCUGCAGGAAGUGUUCGAGGAGCCCAUAGUGUCGAUGGACCGCAGGGACGUGCGGCCGGACACGCAGACGGAGUCGGACUACCAGUCGGACGGGCGCAGCGACCUGGACUGGGCCGAGAUGGAGCUGAAGAUGGUGUACGAAGGCACGGACGGGUCCAUGACGCCCAUGACGGAGGCCAGCUGGAUGGACGAGUCCCUCACCCCGUCGACCUGCCCCGGCACCCCAGACGCCCAGAUGGGCGACAUGCCCCUCAUGCACCCCUUCGCACUGGACCGCGUCUCCGCCUCCGGACAUAUCAAGUCUGUGAUCAGGCGUACGAAGGAGUCGCCCAACGUGCACCCCAUGAACCGGGAGAACCACCCGCGCCGCAAGGGGGGCCCCCUCAUCUACCACAAGAGCAACUCCCAGGACCGGCUCAUCGAGGAGCUGCAGGGCAAGCUGGGGAUCAGCCGCAAAGAGCGGCCGCGCAAGAACCCUGACGACUGGCUCACGGAGGGCGUGAUCGUCAUGAACAACCCCAAACGCUCACGAGAGGGCCCGGAUGGGGAGAAGAUUAUCAUUCCUCCUGAGUCUCCUCUCCCACAGCGGAAGGUCAUCCCUCCCCCAGUCUCUCCCCCCGCCCCCCGCCGCGAGGAGCCGAGAAGACCCCCCCCAGUCAAGGAGGCCCCGCCGCCUCUCCCCCCACCUGCCCCCUCCCCUCCCCCUCCGCAGACCCCUGCUCCAGCACCACCACCCCCUCCGCAGGAACCUGCUCCUGCACCCCUCGUUAAGAACCUCCCUCCCCCGCUCCCCUCCCCUCCGGUCCGGCGGAGAUCCCCGUCCCCCCCGCCUGCCCCGACUCCUGUGCCCGUGGCGGUCCCUGUCCCCAAACCCACCCCGCGCCCUCCACCGGUGCAGGCUCCUCCACCUGCAGUGCCCACCCCUCCUACCCCACCUGCCCCAAAAAGGCUGGUGUCGGUCGGGAGCCAGACGGAGUACGACCCUCUCUUCCCUCCCAUGCAGGCGUGGAGCUCAAUCAUGGCCCAGGGGAAGGGCUCUAACCUGCAGGGCAACAAGCUGGACUCCAUGCUGGGCAGCCUGCAGUCAGACCUCAACAAGCUGGGAGUGCAGACUGUGGCCAAGGGCACGUGUGGGGCCUGCUGCAAGCCCAUCAUUGGCCAGUUAGUGACAGCCAUGGGUCGCACGUGGCACCCGGAGCACUUUGUGUGCACACACUGUCAGGAGGAGAUUGGUUCCAGAAACUUCUUUGAGCGUGACGGGCUGCCCUACUGUGAGAGAGACUACCAUCACCUCUUCUCCCCACGCUGUUACUACUGUAACGGACCCAUCCUGGAUAAAGUGGUAACUGCCCUGGAGCGAACAUGGCAUCCAGAGCAUUUCUUCUGCGCACACUGUGGCUCUUUCUUUGGUCCCGAAGGUUUCCAUGAGAAGGAUGGGAAGGCGUACUGUCGGAAGGACUACUUUGACCUGUUUGCACCCAAGUGCGGGGGCUGUGCCCGCGCCAUCCUGGACAACUACAUCUCAGCGCUGAGCUGCCUCUGGCAUCCCGAGUGUUUCGUCUGCAGGGAGUGCUUCACCCCCUUCGUCAAUGGGAGUUUCUUCGAGCACGACGGCCAGCCGUUCUGCGAGAUGCACUACCACGAGCGGCGCGGCUCGCUCUGCUCCGGCUGCCAGAAGCCCAUCACGGGCCGCUGCAUCAGCGCCAUGGGCAAGAAGUUCCACCCCGAGCACUUCGUCUGCGCCUUCUGCCUCAAGCAGCUGAACAAAGGCACUUUCAAGGAGCAGAACGACAAGCCCUACUGCCAGGGCUGCUUCGUCAAGCUCUUCAGCUAGAACCCACCACUGCAUGGACCUGUGUUAGCCUGUGUGUGUGUGUGUGUGUGUGUGUGUGUGUGUGUGUGGAUGUGUGUGAAUGUGUCUGUGUGCGCGUGUGCAGGCGUGUGCCGUGACGUGACUGUGAUGACAAUUGCUGUAGGCAUGACUGCAUGUCGUUUCAGGAUGUGAUUGUUUUGAAGAGGUUUAGUAUCUUCAACAAACAAUAGGAAGUUGUGAUGAGGAGGUGGUUGUUCAGGUAACGUUUCCAGUCAGAAUCGAUCUGUGGUCUUUGCUUUCUGACUGCAUUUUCUAUUGAUUGCCCAGGAAGGUUUUGAUAAUGAGAGGAUAUUCAUAGAUGAACAAUGUAGAAAUGUAAGUUACAAUAUGAAAGGUUUGAUGCUCACUGGCUGAGUCUAACUUCUAUGAACUUCUAGAGAGUUCUAUGAGAGUUCUAGAGAACUUCUAUGAGUCUGAGUUUUUAUGAGUGGAGUUUGUGGUUUGUGAUGGAUUGUCCUUUUGGUAAACCAGUGCUUAAAGGUUUUUAAAAAUUCACAUUAGUGUUGGAAACUAGCUGAUAAAAAAGGGUUAUGAAUCCAGCCCUGACACAACCUGUUAAUCAUCCAAAUCUAAAACAAUAUUUGAUGUAUUAAUAUGACAGAAUAGCAAUUGGAGUGUACACCAUUAUUAACAUGAAUCAGACAUUCAUGUGUAGAGAAAUGUAUAUACACUAUACAGUAACGCCACUACUGGUAGUCACCUUGGAUAGGGGACAUAGUCGGAGUCGUAGAGGAGGAACACAGAACCAGUCUGAGGGCUUGGAUAUGAGCCCCAUAGCACAGAAACAGGUGUUCACUUCAGGACUAAGAAUGUGAACAUAUGAGAUUAUGAAGAAUAACAAUAUGGUGGGAAACGUUUGUUCCUUCACCAUAGAAACAGGUGUUAGUUCCUUCACCAUAGAAACAGGUGUUCACUUCAGGACUAAGAAUGUGAACAUAUGAGAUUAUGAAGAAUAACAAUAUGGUGGGAAACGUUUGUUCCUUCACCAUAGAAACAGGUGUUAGUUCCUUCACCAUAGAAACAGGUGUUUUCAGGAUUCAGUCUGCAGACAAAGUCUGGAGAUCUUUUUUCCACUAUAUUUUUGUACUGCUUUACUACUUUCUAAUAACCACUCAAACUAUGAUGACAUCUUCCACUUGUUUCUUGUAACACUGAUGCAUUUAAAUGACUGUAUCAUCAAUAUAUUUGUGUUCUUUUUCUAUCAGUCUCACAGGUAACAUACUGCAAAACUAAAACUGCUGUUUAGUUGAAAGAUUUUCAUCACUGAUACGUUUUUUCUUGUUUUGUUUAGUUGUUUUGUGUUUUUCGAGUGCAAGUCUUAAUAAUGUUGAGUGUUGUUGAAAACCUCCCAGGAGCGUGUGUGGUAUGGCUGUUUGUGAAAGCCAAUGUAUGUAACAAAACAUUAAUCGACACGAAUCUCUAAUAUAAAUCUUAAAGCCGCACCAAAAAAUUGAGUGAAAUACAUGCAAUCUUCCAAAUUGUGCAUUUAAUUUGCUAGUAUUUUAAAGGCAUCACUUGCUAUAUUUAUUUUCAUCUUGUGAAGUGUUUCUGAUGGUCAGUUUUUCAGUCUGUUUUCAGGUCACAUGUAUUAAAAGCACAAAUAAAGUCAAUUUUGCUACCUUG